GAUGGGAGGUGGAGGAGGAGGAGUGCAGGGACCUGCGAGCGUUGGGGCGUCUGGCAGCAGUGAGGGGAGUGGGGAGAGCUCUGGAGGCCCUAGCUUAGACAGGGACAGGAACGACCCCUGUCGACAAGGCCCCCUCCCUGGGUCUACUCAAGUCCUCUUCUGUUCAGACGUUGACCCCCGUGUCCUGUGCAACACCGGCUGGGGCCAGACCCCAGUACGUCAGGACACCGCCUGGGACGUCACCUCUCCCGUCCCCAGACCCGAUGACAGGAAACCCAGUAACGUAGGCCCUGGCUGGGGAUCGAAAAGCCACGCCGCUCGUUCUCAUACCUCCAGCUCUGGAGGAUGGCGAGGAGGGGGGGGCGGCCCGGGCCCAGAGUCAGGAGGGUCUGGCUGGGUAGAGCAGAAGACCUUGUCUGGGUGUGGAGACCGAGACAACAAAGGUCCUGGAGGAGAGCGAGGAUGGGACAACUCUUCCUCUACCUGGGGGAACAGCCAGAAGGAGGACCUCUCCAACACCUGGAUCAACCCUCCGAAACCUCAAAAGCAGGGCUGUGGUGGAGACCGCUCCAGAGGAGGAGGGAGCAGCUACUGGAGUCAGCCCCAGAAGACUAGUGUGUCUGGGGAUGGGACCGCGACCUUUCAGGGUCUGCAGGAUGGGGUGAGCCCGGCCGCCCGGCCAACACCAACACGCACCCCGACGGAAGCAGCAGCACCUGGGGUGGCAGCGGAGGGACCCCUGACCACCCCAGCAACCCUCACUCUGGCUGGGGAGAGCCCCCUGUAUCCCACUCCGUCGGACACAAACCCCAGAACCACCAGACCCAGGGAGGGUGGAGCGAACCAGCCAUGAAGCCCAGCCACCCCUCUCAGAGCUGGGGAGACCCGGCCGAGUGGGGUAAAGAUCCAGACGCCAACCCGGACCCUAGAGGACCUCCACCAGGCGGUCCCCACCCCUCCAAACCCAGCGGAUGGACUGGGGUGGCGGUCCCAGUUGGACCCUCCCACAAGGAGGAGGAGUCGUCGACAGGGUGGGAGGAGCCUAGUCCAGAGUCGGUGAGGAGGAGGAUGGACAUCGAUAAUGGCACCUCGGCGUGGGGAGACCCCAGCAAAUACAACUGUAGCGGGGUCAAUUUGUGGAACAAGACCAGCCAAUCAGAGCAGGAUGCCAUGGUCACGACCAAACCCCCCCAGCCCCAGCAGCAGCCCCCACCACCCCUGAACAACAUGGCCAACAAGGACAAGACCUGCAGCUCUGGUUGGGGUGAACAAUACACCGGUCCCCAGAAGAUGGAGUCAGGAACGUGGGGUGAUCCGCCAGGCCCACCCGUCUCUGUGGACAACGGGACAUCGGCCUGGGGGAAACCCAUGGACACCAGCUCCACCUGGGAGGAGCUGAGAGACAGAGGGGACAGAGACAGAGGGGACAACUCUGCGACAGGAGGCUGGGAAGGACCUGGAGCACAGAACCACCACAAACCUGGUCCCAAGCCCAUGCAGCAGGAGAGUGGUACCUGGUGUGGGGAGGAGGUGUCGUGCCAGGCCAGUUGGGAACCGGAGGAGGAGCUGGAGAUCGGGAUGUGGAGCAACACCCCAAGUCACCGAGACCGGGACAGAGACGGUCACAGAGAGAACCACAGAGACCGGGACAGAGACGGUCACAGAGAGAACCACAGAGACUGUCAGGACAACAGGAACAACGGGCCACAGCAACACAGCUGGAACUACAUGAAGAAAAUUCCUCCCAAGAUCAACAAAUCGGUGAACAAGCAGGAGGAUGCCUGGAUGAACCAGUUCGUCAAACAGUUCAACAACAUGACCUACCCUAGAGACUCUCCUGAAGACUUGUCGAAGUGCAAUAAGAUGGAAGGAGGAGGGAUGAUGUCUGACAAGCGUAUGGAUGUGAACAUGGGAGAGUACAGUGGAGUGAUGGGGAAAAACUCAGCUUCCAGGCACCAGAUCCACAAAGAGCCUUCCAUGGAGAGAAGCCCUUACUACGACAAGCUGUCCCUGCCGCUCUCUGCUUAUGAUCGCUCCGCCUCGGAGGAGCUCUCCUCCAAUCACGGCAUGAGCUUUUCCCCUCCCACUCUGCUCAGCCUAUCCCCUCUCUCUGCUCAGGGCAGGCUCCCACCCCCUCUGUCUCUGAGGCUGGUCCCUCCCUCUCUCCUGAAGUACCCUCCCAGUGCAGGAGGCCUGAACCUGUUUGGUCCACAGCAAGUAGCUGUCCUCAACCAGCUGUCUCAACUCAACCAGCUGUCUCAACUCAACCAGCUUAACCAGUUACAGGUUAACCACACACUCCUCCUCCAGCAGUCUCAGCAGCAGAAUCAGAGACCGAUGUCUGUUGGACAGCAGCAGAGUCACAGACCCAUGCCUGUGGGACGCCAGCAGGACCAGCAGGGCCGUCCUAUUGGUUCGUCCCAGUCGAUGAUGCAGCCUCCGCAACACCUCGACCACUCCCUCUUGAAGCAGAACCCCGCCCACCAGCCCCUCAAGUCCUACAUGGACAACUACAUGCCCCAGAAUGCAUCUGAGCUGCAGAAGGAGCCCAACCACAUGGGCUCCUUUACCAACUUCCCUUUAGGCUUGAACUCUAACCUGAAUGUAGGCCUUGACACGGGGUCUGGCUGUAAGGAGCCUCAGUCUCGUCUGAAGAAGUGGACGGCCUUGGACGUGUCCGUAAACUCACCUCUGGAGCACAAGCCUGGUGCCAUGUCGUCUGGGCUGCGUCUGGAGGAUUCUCCCUUCGGUCCCUAUGACUUCCUGUCUGCUGGCUCCGCCCCCUAAGCUCUCCCGGCCAAUC